AGUACUCCAUACUGGACUGUGUUUCAAUGACAUGCACACACGCACCUAAGGGAAGUUAUGGCGGAGAUAAAAAGCGGUGCUUUGCAAAUACCUUGUUUGAGUGUAAUAAUAGCCCGAUUUAGUUUGGUCUCGCCGCUUGUUUUGAAUUGUUAGCUGCCGAAGUGAUCAGGUCGCUAACUCCUGAAGCCCCGGGCCAGUCCUUUCAUUAUCCCACAAUGCUCAGUGUGCGACCUUCAGCUUGUCUGACUCAGCAGGAUCCUUCCCUGUAGCAGCAGCAGUACCUCAGGUCUCAACCCCCUGCACUGAUGCCUCCUGGACGCCUCCCUGGGGAGGUGUUCCAGGCAUGUCCCCCCGGGAGGAGGCCCCGGGGAAGACCCAGGACACGCUGGAGGGACUAUGUCUCUCGGCUGGCCUGGGAACGCCUCGGUGUUCUUCCCGAGGUGUCUGGGGAAAGGGAAGUUUGGGCUUCCAUGCUCAGACUGCUGCCUCCGCGACCCGGCCCCGGAUAAGCGGAAGAAGACGAGACGAGCAUUCGUGUUGGUUUUAUAGGGAGGAGGGUCAAGAAAUCGUCGAUCAUGGCUAUCAAGGAACAUGUCGUAGAAGUUGUAAGAUUAGGUUGGAGCCAGUCUGCCAGUUCCUGCCUUUUUCCACAUUUCUGCGAAACACAAUCUGUCCCAAGUGGCCAUGGUGUCCAGACCUGGAGACAUUCCAGCCCUCGAGGCAGGCUCUGGAAUGAGUGAGGGUCUACUGGGUGGCAUGUCCAUCCCCACGGGCAUGACUCGUCGAGCCCUAAACUAUGAUGACAACUUGGAGCAGCCCAUUUCCUCUCCACCCAGUGACAUCAACAUCACCAACCUGUGGAGGAGGCCCGUCAUCCCUGAGAGGAAGUUCUCCCGACUGGCUGAGGUCCAAAUGCUCUGUAAUAGGAGCUGCGGGGAGGGAGGGCUCCUGCAGGAAGCUGAGUCAGAUCCCAGCAUAAAGAACCCCUCUGCACUCGAGCCCCACCAGCCUCCAGUUCCUGUGGUCAAAGCCAAAGCUUCUUCAGUGCUCAUGAACUCCAUCAUUAAGCAGACCCAGGAGAACAUUCAGAGUUUUGAGAAGAGAGCAGGGCUCACGGACAAGGGCUACACACCACACAGGGGCCUGGCUGCUGAAGAAACCCACUACCACCGCAUGGCUCAGUCGCUGCAGAAACUGCACGUGCACAGCGUCGACUUUAAAGAGGAAAAGCAGUCAUCUUCUGUUCAGUCAACACCAUCAGGAACGCCUCAAUCGUCCCCCAAACAGAAGCACAGGAGCUGGUUCAGCAGCCAGGGCUCAGUGGCGUCCCUCACAGGCUCAGAGCUCAGCUCAAGCUCCAGCAUGGAUCUGGGAUCCGCUGAGGGAUCUGUGGAGCGCUGGAGCAUUUUUGGACCCCGGCAUCAGUUCCAUAAGUCCAUCACUGACCCUGGAGCAGAUCAUGGCACAGCAGGGGGCUUUGCGUUGCAGUCCUAUAAGGGUGCUCAGAAACCCACUCCCAUGGAGGUGAUGAAGGUUCAGGCCACUCGGCUGGCUGAGGACCCCUCCACCUUCAAAGCUCCACCCAAAAUGGAGAUUCCCAGCAUGGACGGCGGGAAGCAGGCGACGUGGCCGCACAAGCUCAAGCCACGCGACAUGAACGUUCUGACACCGUCGGGUUUCUGAGAACCCGUCCCAGACGCACCUCACGAUUCAGCAGCGAAGUGAAUGCUCGCAACAUGUAGCUGGACUACCCUGCUUAUUCCCCCUCCCCCGUGCAUAAAAGCAUCCUUUUUUUUUUUUUUUAUUUCCCCUCAGUUUGUCUCCUUGUGCUUUAGCCCUUUUAUUUGAGUACCACUAGUCUAUCCUUUUCAACGGUGUGUUUCUUGUAUUCAAAAAAAAGUUUAAUUACCCCUCAUAAUUUACCAUGAUGUACCAUCUCUUUAAUCCAUCCUGUACUUGUUGUGGGUGUAAUCGUUGCUUGUGCAUGUUCCAUAGUUCACCGGUGAGUUGUUGGUUGGUAAACGUAGACGCCUAGUUUUCUACCUUCUAACUUGCUGUAACAUCACGAUGGCUCUGUGCUUCGAAAAUAAAUGUAUCCCCAAGAAAUACAAAAUGUCCGUAGAAUAGUUUUGCCAUCACAGUGUCACAUAUUCACAAGAAAGCACCAAUGUUCUUUGGACAAGUAUUCAUUGUUGGUGUUAAAUCUAGAGCUGCUAUGUCAACAUUUUGAGAAAUGUUGUUGUAAUUUUGUUUCGGAUUUCUGUUACUGUUCAAUCUGUAAAUAAAUCCUGACGCAACAUAA